ACUUCGUUGAUCGUUCCAUAGACUCAGUUUGAUUCUUUCGCUCAAGUUCUCAUAUUGUUAUAUCAGCAUCAAAUACUUCUUGUCUCCUAAGCCUUCAGCUCCUCGACUUUAAUUUUGCACUUUACCUAUUCCCCGAGCAACACCAUUCAAGAUGGCCAAAGGCGCAAACUCUCCUCAACGCCCUCGAUACUGGCUUCUGACAUCUCCUCGCACUGCCUCCAACCUAUUGGUCAAGAUGCUCAACCUCGGCGAGCAGAAUGUACGUCCUGCCAACCACGGAGGAUACUUCUUCCUUCCAUCUUUGCCCAAGCACUUCUUGGUAGCUGAGAAGCCUAUGGACACAUGGACGGAGGAGGAGAGUGCGACAGUGAACAGGGUAAUUCAGGAAUGCUCUGAAAGAUUCCAGGAUUAUAUCGCCGCGGCCGAGAAGGAAGGUCAGAUUAUUUAUGUGAAGGAACACUCUAUCAUGUUGAACCAUCCUCGUUGCGAGGACAGUUACGUCAAUGGCUCUAAGGGAUCUCAGAAAGAGGCGGUACCACUUCCCAUGAUGGGCAUCACUCAACCAACUCGGUCACCACUCAAUCUCACACUGUUUCCGGAUGAGUUUCUCAAGACAUGGAACCCAACUUUUCUCAUCCGCCACCCCGCUCUGAUGAUACCCUCCUUGUACCGCACAUGUCUCGGCAAAAUGGAAUGGGAGGGUUUCAAGCGCCCAAGAAAGGAACCCAUGGCAGCAGAAGUCACUAUGAAGUGGCACAGAACAUUGUACAACUUCUUCUCUGAGCACUUUGCGAACGACAGCAUCUGGCCUAUCGUCAUUGACGCCGACGAUGUCAUGACAUGUCCUCAACUGGUAGGCAAGUAUGCACAGCUCACUGGUCUUGAUGAAAGUAAAGUUCGCUACUCGUGGGACAAGGCGGGGGAGGAAGAGCUGAACAAGCUGAGCCAUGUGGAGCAGAGAAUGCUUAGCUCCAUCAACACUAGCACGACUAUUGACCGGAGUAAAGUCGCUGGGAAGAUUGUUAUUGAUCAGGAGGUAGUCAAGUGGAAGGCUGAGUUUGGCGAAGAAGGGGCGCAAAAGCUUGAGCGAUGGGUGAGAGACGCCAUGCCAGACUAUGAGUUUCUGCAUUCCAGGAGACUCAGGUUAGAGCAAGAGUAGUAGGGCACAUGAGUAAUGAUCCAAAUAUAGUGGAAGACAUUUCAUAGGGUUAUCGAACUCAAACACUAGGUCUAGAGAGUCGUACAAGGUAGCCAGUUCAAUAAGAC